UAAAAAAUAUUUGCUUGUUUUAGCUUAGAUAUUCCAUAAAAGUAAUUGCAAUCAUUAUCUAAAUUUUCAUGGGUUCUAAUUGGUGACUAAGAAUAAUUUAUUCUUUCUUAUACCUGUUUUCACAUUUUUCUACUUUUUGUUUACAUAUAACAAUCGAAAGUGCAUUGUUCUAAAUAACCUUCUUAUUUAUAAACACUGAUGGAACUAUGAAAAAGUAAAAAAAGUACAAAACUAUAUUAAUAAUUUUAAACGGUAUAUUUCUACAGCAUGAAUUGUUUUCGAUGGCCACCGUUUAAGUAAUUUUCUGUACACUUUCCCAAAGCAGCUGGGUUGAAUGCUAUUAUGAUCGAAUCCCCUUGCAAAUCAUUUGGGUUGGAUAUUUCCUUUUCGUGAACAAUGAGGUUUCUAUAAUUGUUCUAUCUGACCUUGUUACAAAUUUGCACAUAUCUGAGGAUAAAUGCAAUGAUAAAAAUAUUAAAACUUAGGAAGGAACCCAGUGAAAAUGUUUAGGAAGAUAUUUGGAUCAACUGUUGUAAAAAGAUAACUAUUUGUCGUAAAUGUACUGACAUGGAAGGCAGAUGUAAUAGAAAAUAACCAAGAAAAAUAUUUGUUAUGAGGUAAAAUUGACGUUGUUUGGAAUUUUUAACACUUCUGCUGAAAUUUGACAAUUUAUUCUUCUGCUGUCAUUAGAGACUUGGUAGCAAUAUUAUAAUGGCAUCUGAUUAUCCAGAAUGUUCCAAAGCUACAGAAUUAGAGGAAAUACAAGAAAAAGAAUGGAUUGAACUACCAGAAUCUUCACCAGAAGAUCAGCUACAAGAUAAUGGGGGUGAUCAACAUUUUGUGACAUUGACUGGAACAGUUGCUCGUGGCUACCAAGCUGGUCAAGUGGUAGAUGUCCAGCUACAAAUUUCUCGAGAUGAGUUACGUAAACUAACACUUGAGAGAGGGACGAAAGAGGAAAAGCUCAAGUACAAAUCUUCACCAUGUUCUUGGGGACUGCAUUCAGGAUUGCAUAUUGUAUUUCUGAGCAUCAUCUGUAUACCUCUUGCUUGGCUUGUUUCUUUAGGAUAUUCCUUCUACAUUGGCUGCAACACCUGGUAUAAUAUUUAUUUGUAUUUUUCUGAAGAAAAGACAAUCUGGCAUAAGAUUUCUAUUUGUCCUGUUCUCAUAUUAACAUUUCCUUUCACUGUUGGUUUGUCAUCUCUCAUCAUAAGUUUAUAUGCCUCAGUUAUUCAAAUUUCAUGGAAUUUCUAUAAAUGGCUGCAAGAAUUUCAAGAUUAUGAAAAAGGCUUUUAUGGCUGGUUCUGUAACUGGAUUGGCCUGCACCAGUGUUGUCCUUAUGAAGUGGUGAUACUUGACUGCCCUGAAUCAAUAAGAGAGACAAAAUUACCUUCAAGUUAAUUACUUAAAAUAUGCUCGCCAGAUGCUACACAAACACCCACCGUUUGUUCUGGACUUAUAUUAGCUGACCUAUAACUACUGGUUCAAUUUGUAAUUUGAUGGAAUUUUGAUUUAGAUAUAUUGCUGGUGUAUUAAUCAAUACAUACAUAUGUAUAUGGUGCGCGCGUGUGUGUGUGUGUGUGUGUGUGUGUGUGUGCGUAUUUGUGUAUGUAUGUGUAUGUGUGUGUAUAUAUAUGGAUAUGUACAAAUAUGUUUUUAUAUGUCUCGAUGUAUGUGUGUGUAUAUAUGUAUGUAUAUGUGCCUGUAUGUAUAUUUGUGUAUACAUUUAUUUAUCAUAGUAUAUAUAUAUAUAUAUAUAAAAUAUAUAUAUAUAUAUAUGUAUGUGUGGGGUGUGUGUGAAUGUUGUGAACAGUGUAAACCAGUGCAAAACUAUGAGUAAAUGUUUGAACUAUGUAAAAUGUAUUUCUUUUUUGUUUUAAUAUAAUUUAUAACUAAGAUCAGUGAGCUGGCAGAAUUGUUAGUAUGGUGGUCAAAAUGCUUAGCAGCAUGUCAUCCAUCUUUAUGUUCUGAGUUCAAAUUCCACUGGGGUCAAACUUUGCCUUUCAUCCUUUUAAGGUAGAUAAAAUAAGUACUUGUUGAGGACUGGGGUUGAUGAAAUUGAUUUAUUCCUUCACCUGAUUUGAGCCAAAAUUUGAAACCAAUAUAACUUAUAACUUGUAUAUUAUAAUGUGCGUGCGUGUGUGUGUGUGUGUGUGUAUGCAUGUGUAUGAUUAUGAGUGUGUAUGCAUGUGUAUAUAUGCAUAUAGAUUUGUAUACAUGCAUGUAUAUAUAUGUAUAUAUGUAUACAUAUAUGUACAUAUAUGUAUGUGUAUGUAUAUCUGGAUAUAUCUACACAUACAUAUGCACAUGUAAAUAUAUAGGUACCGUUGACUGAACACUAUUCAAUUUUUUUUCUCCGUGUUUUUCUCCUUGUCUCCGUAUUCUUUCUGUUGAAGAGCGUAGCUCGAAACGUCAAAGACUUUCCGUAUUCCCGAGCGUCAUACUAAUAUAUACUUUUGUUAUUUACACCACCUGUCCUCGUCUGUUGUUAUUAUUUGUAUAUUCUCCCAUAUAUAUAUAUGUAUAUAUAUAUAUAUAUAUAUACAUACGUACAUGUAUACAUGUGUAUAUAUAGAUAGAUACAUAUGUAUAUAUAUGUGUGGGUGUGUAUCUAUAUGAUAGAUGAUGAUGAUGUGUAUAUAUAUAUAUAUAUAUAUCAAACUAUAAUAAUUUAUUUUCACUGCUAUUAUGUCCCACCUGUGACUUUAUUUUUCUGCACAUUCUAAUGAUCUAUCAAAAUUUUCCAGUCAAUAUCUUUCAUAAUUCAUUUAGUAAUUCAUUUGUAAAUGUUUAGUUUAUCUUGUUUUAGUUGUUAAGGCAAAGUGGUUCAGUAAAAUUUGCCAGUGCUGAGAUUGUGAAUUGUUUAUCUUGUAAGUUGUUAUUGUUGCAAGUGAAACAAAAUUAUGGAUUUCAAUUUGAUGUAAAAUUUAUUUGAACUGAAUACCAAAUUAUGUUUCAACAAUACAAAAAUUUUUGUUAGGACAGAUUUUUGCUAACUCUUGCCUAUAGAUUAUUUUUAUGAUGAUAAGAGAAAUGAUUUCUAUAGUUAGAGCAUAUCUGCUAUCCUAUUAAUUCUAGGCAAAUACACAUAUUCACUCACGAAAGGUGAAGUAGGUUUGUAACUGUAAUUUUUUUUUGACUCUUUACCUAUAAUUUGUUAGUGAAAUAGAGUUAAUUCUUUCAUUAAGUAUAAUAAUAUGCAUUUAUUUUAUAAGUGUAGGUUAUUUCAGGUACACCAUAUCAAGUCAGUAGGUUGAAUUUAUUAGGAAAUAUGCUGAUUAACUAGGGAGUCAAAGUCAAAAAAAGUAAUAAGAUUUUAAAGUUUUCGGAAUUAAUUAAUUGUAGUGCUUAUUAUAAGAAAUGUAGGUCUUGACAGAUAUUUGCUUGUGCAGAGGUACUUUAAAUUGUUCAUUACAAUUUCAAUGAAUUACAAAGUAAAUUUUUAUUGCCAUUUGUUGUAAAAUUAACAUUAUAAAUAAUAACUGAAACUAUGACACAAUGUAACAUUUUUCAGUUAUACUGAAAUGAUCUGUUGUCAUUUCAAUUUGUUCUUUUAUAUUUGUAUAUUUUAAUUUCAAAUCUGUAUUUAUCUUUAAUUUUAAGAAAAAUUAUUUCUUUUUAUUAAUUGAAAUAAUUCAGCUGGAGCUAAAAAAUUAAAUAUUUUGAUAUUAUUAUUAAAACAAAACAAAGCAAAUUGAUCUAUUAAGAAAUAAAAUCUGAAUGAAAGUUUUUCUAUUGAUUAAAUCAUAAUGUUUGGCCAUCUAUAAAUGUUAUCUCUAUGUAAAGUCAUUUUGUCUUUGUUGUUGUGCAGACUAAGUGUAAAAUUACACUUUAACACUAAUUUUGAGCAAUAGCUUUCUUUUCAUAAUUUGAUCUAUGAUUGUAUCUGUGAUAGAUGUUUUCAUGUUUAUAUAACAACUGUCAUUUCUUUUUGUGAUGGGCGGGCUGGAUGAAUGCUUUUUACUUUAUAUGAACUCUUUGUAACAACUGAAAUAUUCCAUAUUUUUUUCUUCAUAUUGUGAUAUGUUCUGAAUUUUUUCAUUAUUCAUUGAGAUUAAGUCUUAAAGUUAUUGAUUGUAAUACUGCUGCUAUGAAAGAUUUUAUUUUGGACAAUUCUUUUUCAACCAUUGAAAGGAAUUUAUGUUUUUACAUGGACCGGUCAUAUCAACCUACUUAACUUCAUGAAAGUCUUACAAUAUAUUUAAUGUGUGUUUUCAUUAAUCUUCUUUAUUACCACUGAAAUUCAUUGACUUGUUGAACUGAACCAUAAAUUUAAAAUUACUUUUUCCAAGUACUGAACUCAUUCUUCAAAUGUCCAUGCAAAAUUUGACAAGAAAAAAAAAAAGAAAAAAUGAAGAAAGAACAAAAUCACCGAUCACCUUCAGGAUAUUUGUGCAUUUACGUGAACAUUUUUCUGAAUAUAUUUGCAUAAAGCUGCAGAGAUUUUUCAGACAACUGUUUUAUAUAUGUUACUGUAACAAUACGAUAUAAAACGUUUUAUUGGAAUAAGUAA